GUGCUACACUUCUCACCGUCUGACCAAACACUAUCAAUGUCAGAUUAGUUCCUACCCAAUGAAACCGCACGACUACGAGGAUUAAAACAUCUAAUUGUUGUGUUUCAAUCAAUGUAUAUGUAUUAUUAUUUGUUUAACUAUGAAGACGACUGCUUUACAAUGUAACAGGUUAUUUUUCACAAAUGUAGUUUACAUAAAAUCACGAAGUUUGCUAUUUUUUUCCCCCGCAGUCUGAAUUAUUCUAGAAUGAGGUACAUGUCAUUUUCCAAUGCAAUUGGAAAAAUGACAUAAUUAAAUGUUUUCGUUUGUCAAUGUCUGUGCGCGUAUCUUGACUAGUCUUUCUGCCUUUAUUAGACGCCAGAAUUGUCUAAUUGUGGACAUCCACAUCGAUGUAUUAUUAAGGAGAGGAGUAAUUGCCAUAAAAUGUGAAGGGGGAACAUUUUAAACUUGCUGCAGAGGUACCAAAGUUUUGAACAGAAUACUAUAUAUUUGUUUGUGUGAAUUUUAGCCCCUUCACGUUACAAAGAGUUAAAGUCCACGUGGUGCUCUAAACACUUUUCUCCAGUCUCUUUCUGUACAGUCUACAUAACGACAUUUUACGACAAAGCCGUGCAUGGAAUUUAUGUUCUCCCCAGUGAGAUACCGGUUGGAGAAACGCAGUAGCAAGAGAAUACAUAGAAGGGUUAGUAAUCGUUCCCAUACCUGUCCCCUCGUCCCGGAUAAGAAUCCGGCAUCUUCUCUGGUACACAUAAACCGAGCGGUUAGAUGUGGAAACAGGGCUGAGGAGAGAGCGACGCGAGGGAAGGCAACUAAAAAUUAUAACCCGGGUUGUGAAGUAAGUUGCCUCCUAAGCGGCGCUUUAAAAGGAAGCAAAAGAUAAUUGACCAAAACAACAGAGAAGAUGGACUAUGAUUUCAAAGUGAUGCUGACCGGGGAGAGAGAACGUGUAGAGGACCUGUUUGAAUAUGAGGGAUGCAAAGUGGGGAGAGGCACCUACGGCCAUGUAUAUAAAGCAAAGAGAAAAGAUGGGAAGGAUGAUAAGGACUACGCCCUCAAGCAGAUUGAAGGCACUGGCAUCUCCAUGUCUGCCUGCAGAGAGAUUGCACUACUGCGGGAGCUGAAGCAUCCUAAUGUGAUCUCACUGCAGAAGGUGUUCCUGUCACACGCAGACCGCAAAGUCUGGUUGCUCUUCGACUAUGCCGAGCAUGACCUCUGGCACAUCAUAAAGUUCCACAGAGCGUCCAAGGCCAAUAAGAAGCCCCUGCAGCUGCAGGGGAUGGUCAAGUCCCUGCUUUACCAGAUCCUAGACGGCAUCCAUUACCUUCAUGCCAACUGGGUCCUACACAGAGACCUGAAACCUGCCAACAUCCUAGUGAUGGGGAGGGGCCAGAGAGGGGUCAUACAUAUAGCGGACAUGGGCUUUGCCCGCCUCUUUAACUCACCACUGAAGCCGUUAGCAGAUCUGGACCCUGUGGUGGUCACCUUCUGGUACAGAGCACCAGAGCUACUGCUAGGUGCCAGGCACUACACCAAAGCCAUCGACAUCUGGGCUAUUGGGUGCAUCUUUGCCGAGCUGUUGACAUCUGAGCCCAUCUUCCACUGUCGCCAAGAGGACAUCAAGACCAGUAACCCCUACCACCAUGACCAGCUGGACCGUAUCUUCAACGUCAUGGGCUUCCCUGCUGAGAAGGACUGGGAAGACAUCAAGAAGAUGCCCGAGCACUCCACUCUGAUGAAGGACUUCAGACGGAACACGUAUACAAACUGCAGCCUAAUAAAAUACAUGGAGAAACACAAAGUGAAACCAGACAGCAAAGCAUUCCACUUGCUCCAGAAGCUGCUGACCAUGGACCCGAUCCGCAGGAUCACGUCUGAGCAGGCCAUGCAGGACCCUUACUUCCUGGAGGAACCACUGCCCACCUCUGAUGUGUUUGCAGGCUGCCAGAUCCCCUACCCAAAGAGGGAGUUCCUGACAGAGGAGGAGCCAGAGGACAAGGCAGAGAAAGUCAGAAAUAAGAACCAGCAGCAGCAGGGGAACAACCACACCAAUGGGGCGGGGCACACUGGUAACCCUGACAAUAGCCAUGCCCAGGGCCCGCCCCUAAAGAAGGUGCGAGUGAUCCCGCCAGUCACUACCUCAAGUGGCCUCAUGACCUCAGACUAUCAGCGCUCCAAUCCACAUGCUGCCUACCAGAACCCCGGACCAAGCACAUCACUGCCCCAAAGCAGCAUUGGAUACUCCUCUACCUCCCAGCAGCCCCCGCAGUACUCACACCAGACCCACCGCUACUGACCCCUGACCUCUACCCACCCCUCGCCAUGCCCGCUAGGGAGAAUGUACUAAGGGAAGUGGGUGUGUCCAUGGCAACAGCCCACCGGUCCACCCUCACUGCAGCAGUCCUUUAGCCCAGUAUGUUAAUACAAUAUACUCAUUCUAAAAGAACAUGACAUAACGCAACAACAUCAGCCAUGACAGAACAUGACAUAACGCAACAACAUCAGCCAUGACAGAACAAGACAUAACGCAACAACAUCAGCCAUGACAGAACAUGACAUAACGCAACAACAUCAGCCAUGACAGAACAAGACAUAACGCAACAACAUCAGCCAUGACAGAACAAGACAUAACGCAACAACAUCAGCCAUGACAGAACAAGACAUAACGCAACAACAUCAGCCAUGACAGAACAAGACAUAACGCAACAACAUCAGCCAUGACAGAACAAGACAUAACGCAACAACAUCAGCCAUGACAGAACAUGACAUAACGCAACAACAUCAGCCAUGACAGAAC